GUUUUGCUUUCACAGUGGGCAGUGGGUCAAGUCCUCUGUCUACUACUCUUCCCCACAAAGACACUUUUUUCUUUUUUCCUCUUCACUUUUUCUCUGUUCAAAGUAGAAAGAGAGAACAAUCACAUGAGAAAAAGCCUAAUACUAAUAGUAUAGAGAGAUCACAAAAGAAGAAGAAGAAAAAACAAAACUACUAAAUAAAGAUCAUGUGCAACAAGAACACACUAAGAUCGCCUGAUCAUCAUCAUCAUCAUCACCACCACCGUCGGCGUCGUCAUCAUAAUCAACUCAAACCCGCUCGUAAGUCAAGAACCAAAACCAGAAAGCCCAAGUUCUUAAGCCUCUCCAAAGAGAUCAAACCCCAAACUACACCAAAACCAACGUCUGAAAUUACCGAAAUGACCCGCCACCAUCACCAGCUGAACCUGUUCCCUCUCCACCCGGAGAAUCUCGUUUGCGACGACAGAGCCGACGAGGACGCCGCCCUGCUCUUCCACUCCGACGGCGGCGGUGGCGGCGGAGGAGCCGCCUCGCUGAGCACCCUUCUCCAUACGACAACGACGACGACGAAUAAUACAAUGUCGUCGGAGGAGGAUUCGUUGUCGUACGCGUACGAGGAAGAGGAGUUGUUGUCGUACAAGUGCGGCGGCGGUGGUCGUGUUGAGGCGGAGACGCUGGUGAAGACGGCGAUGAGGAACAGAGAGAGGGAUUUGAGCGAGGAGAAGUGGGUUUGUUACUCCGAGGUUGUGGAGAAGAAGGAGGUGGUUGAGGCGGAGGAGGUGACGAGCUCGAGCGAAACGACGGCGAUGAAUAAGGGCAAUUUGUCGUUGAAGCUGGAUUACCAAGGGAUUCUGAACGCUUGGUCUGAUAAAGGCUCGCUUUACAUCCAAGGAUCUGAUCGUCAAUCCCCACAGACCGUACCUGACUUGCAUGAUCAUCAUGAUCAUUUCUUUGCCUCUGAUUAUAAUACCGCCAAUGGGCUAAUGGAAGGUUGGAGAAAUGCUGGGAAUUUAUGGAAGGUUCCAGAAAGGCCAGGCAGUGGUAGUGGCCUGAAAAUAAAGGAGGAAAUGGAAGGCAAAGAUGGUUGGAAAAUGGGGCAAAGAGAGGCGAGUGUGUUGAGAUACAAGGAGAAAAGGCGAAGCAGGCUUUUCGCUAAGCGGAUUCGAUAUGAAGUCCGAAAGCUCAACGCCGAGAAGCGCCCUCGUAUGAAGGGGAGAUUCGUGAAGAUAAGUUGAUGAGUGUAGAGAAUUGGACAUACUAUUUACUGCAAAUAAGAGUACACGGCUUUUUAGUGUACAAAAAGUCUUUCCUUUUCCUGUUCAGUUUACAAUGGGAAUAGGGAAGGUUGACACACUUGUACAAUGCUAAGCAAUGGAUGUCGAAUCAGCCGAAAAUCUAGGAACCAAAUAAGAACAAAGUGAUCGGAUCAGAGAAAUGAAGAAGCUGAACUUCUAAGGUAUUUGCAUACUUCUGAUGAUCUUCAUAAACCAAGUCAGAGCCGUUGCUUGCUUCUCCUAUCGGUAAACUAACCGCAUCGCGACUGUGAUUUCGAUUUCUCAUUUUGAAUUCAAAACUCUAUUUACUUGAUGUGGAGCCAUAGUUUUUGGAGAGAUCUUGAUCCUGAGAGGAUAGUCUGUCAAUGAAAUGUACCGUCGCAGCACACCUUUAGACCUCUGCAGCUUCAUUUGCUGGUAGCCAGUUAUGAGAAUUCAAGUUGUAAUUUAUGCACAAACUGAUGGCAUGCAUUUGAUUAGCUAGUACAGUUACUAUAUCUCUAACUUGGAGGGUGUCCCAUUUCACAAACAAUAAAUUGAGGUGGAGGAGAAAUUGUGACACCACUUAUAUAUUGUGUCACAAAACCUAUCUUAGUUAACAAAUUAAUUAAGCAUUUUUUCCGCAUUAUCCUUAAA